AUGAUGUUGGCAGAAUGUCAGAGCCCCAGGAAUUCUGUCUUGGUGGGGAGUGUGGGUGAGGGACCAGGAUGUAACAGGAUGAUGUCACAGAGGCCGGGGGCGCCUAGAACUCUGGGGGCUCCUGGUCUCAGCGUCAUCUGCUAGGAAGGCUGCCGGGGUAGGCCAGCUCCUCCUGGGACCAGCCUUCAAAGACACAAUGCAGGCUGGGCUGCCACCAGGAGCUGUUUCUGUCUAGGGCCACGCAGGUCCCAGCUGCUCUGCCUAACCGCCUAUGAGCCACUCGUUCAGCUCCAUUCACACCCCAGCCAUGGGCCCCCUGGGAGGUCCUGGAGAUGCCUGGAGGCCUCCUGUCCGUGGUCCCCAGCGGGACCUAGCUCCACACCACAGCCAGAGAAGGAGGGGCUGGCCAUGGGGCAGCCCUGGCCAGUCCUGGCCCUGGGGGCAGUCAGGGUCUCACUGAUCCUUCUGGGGCUGCUGGUGCCCACACAGGCGGUGGUGCGAGCCGUGCUGGAUGGUAACUCGAGCACCGUGGAGUUUGCGGACCUGCCGGCCCUGUUCGGGGUGCCCCUAGCCCCCGAAGGUGUGCGGGGCUACCUGACGGAGGCCAGACCGGCCAACACGUGCCAUCCCAUCGAGGGCCCGCGGCCGGGCAACGGCUCCCUGGGUGCCAUCGUGCUGAUCCGCCGGUACGAUUGCACGUUUGACCUCAAGGUGCUGCACGCCCAGCGGGCCGGCUUCCAGGCGGCCGUUGUGUACAACGUGCGCUCUGACGACCUGGUGCUCAUGGCCUAUGUCUACGAGGACCUGCGGUGCCAGAUCACCAUCCCCUCGGUGUUCAUGGGCGAGGCCACCUCCCAGGACCUGCGGGUCAUCGUGUGCUGCGAUAAAUUGGUCCACAUCCUCCUGCUGCCCGACUACCCGGCCUGCCCGGACCUGGACUGCCACCCCAUGCUGGCCAUCUCCUGGGUGCUGGGCUGCACCCUGGCCCUGCUCGUGACCGCCUUCUUCGUUCUGUGGUAUCUAUGGAACUGGCUGCGGGCCUGGUGGGCCCGCGGGCCAGUGGUCAAGGCGUGGGCCAGCCAGAGGGCCCAGGUGAGCACUUUCACGAGGCUUCACGACCUGUGUGCCAUCUGCCUGGAUGAAUACGAGGAAGGUGACCAGCUCAAGAUCCUGCCCUGCUCCCAUACCUACCACUGCAAGUGCAUCAACCCCUGGUUCUCCCAGCCCACCCGGCGCUCCUGCCCUGUAUGCAAGCAGUCGGUGGUCAGCACGGAGGACAGCUCUGACUCCACCGUCAGCAGCUAUGGGUACAAGGAGGACCCCUCGCUGCCUGGUCACCGCCCCCCGAUCUGGGCCAUCCAGACCCGGCUGCGCUCCCGGAGGCUGGAGCUGCUGACCCGAGCCAGCGCCCCCCGCCGCUGGAGUGCCACCUCCGUGGGGGCAACUGAGACCAGCGAAUCCUUGGAGGGGCCUCCAGAACCCCUCUGA